ACUACUUACGGAGAAGCACAAUGAAACAUUCAACACUUCCUUGGUCUAUCUUCAUCGGAGUUAUCCUACAGCCUCCUCUUGUACUGUGUACAAUCGCCAUUCCGCCCGGGUAUACAUGGAGACAGGGCGACUGUGGCGGAAACGACAUCACAUCCUUCUCCACCAAAGACGUGUAUCUAUGUAGUUACUUAUGUAACAAGUACCCAAGCUGUGUCUGCUUCCAGUUGAACACCCACUCUUCGAAAUGCUUCUUAAAACGGAGGUCCUGCACGUCCACAGCAUUUUACGGGUCCUCUGCUAAUAUGCUGGAUAAAACGGACUCUGCCAUGAGGAAUGUUCCAUAUAAAAAGUCGACGACAAGACCAAGCAAAGGAACACUGUUAAAGACAGUAUCGACGAGGAGUUCUUUAUCUUGUAGUGUAGCUUGCGUAGAUAACACGAGUUGUAAUGCGUACGCCUACGAUGAUGCCACAAAGAUGUGUUAUCUAAUCGACACCCUGAAAAGUACAUUGACGCUCCGGGCCACCGGUGACGCUGACGUUUUUAUAAUAGGAUGACGGCAAGUCGGUGCAAAUCUUGCCGACCAUUAUUAUACUAGGAUGAUCCUGAAGAACGAUCUUUUUGUAUGUUGUUUUGUUGAUGUAUGCGAAAGGGUAUCAUCGUUUCAACGGCGACACCGACUAAGAGACUUUAGAAUUUUGAUUUCCGAGGUAAAAUUUUUGAAGUCGAGUUUUGAAUUU